AUGAGUCGACUCAAACUCUACGUUGCAGGUUCGGCCGUCGUGGCCAACCUCGUGCUGAUGCGCGCAUACUAUGAGCGCCCAAACUUCUACUCGGCCGCCGUCUACAUCUCCCAGAGCACCGGCUCGCUCAUGUUCCUGGUCAAUCUCAUGCUCAUAGUCGCCGCGAGCUUUGGUUAUGGACUCCAACGACUGUUCUAUGGCCCUCUGCGCCCCAUCGAGACGGAGCAGCUAUACGACAAGGCUUGGUUUGCUGUGAGCGAGACAUUACUAGCAAUGACCAUCUUUAGAGACGAUCUUGGCAUGUGGUUCUUCGCCAUGUUCCUCUGCUUGCUCGCAGGCAAGGUCUGGCAGUGGAUCGGGGAGGGAAGGGUCGAGUUUCUCGAGCAACAGCCGCCCGCGAAUCCAAAGUUAUUCCACACCCGCCUGAUGAGCUCCCUGCUACUUUCCGUUGGCUUCGAUAUAUUCAUGAUGCAAUACUGCAUCGAUUCCAUUCUCUCAGAGGCGCGGCCUGGUGUCAUGGUCAUGUUUGGCUUCGAAUACGUCCUCUUGGCGACCGCAUCCAUUUCGACUCUGCUACGAUACACGCUCUCGCUCGUCGAACUAUUCAUCACACAGCGCCAAGAGAAGGCACGAGAGGAGGCUCGCAGAAUCGCAAGAGAACAAACACGUCAACAGGCAGCAGCAGCUGGAGCUGAAGCGCCUGUCGAGAUAGAGGAGGAGGAGGAUGACGAUGAUGAAGGCGACGUGCCCGGGUGGGAGGAAAAGGGCCGCUGGGUGUUUUACUUGGACCUCGCGACCGACUUCGUCAAGACGCUUGUCUAUCUGGGCUUCUUCGUCAUUCUCAUGACAUUCUACGGCAUACCCAUCCAUAUUAUGCGAGACCUGUUCAUGACGAUACGAUCCCUUCUCAAGCGAAUCAACGACUUCAUCCAGUACCGGAACGCGACCCGCGACAUGAACACACGCUAUCCAGACGCGACAGCAGAAGAACUGGAUCGAGAGAAUACAUGCAUCGUCUGUCGCGAGGAGAUGCGGCCCUGGACACAGCCAGGUGCGGAUGGUGCGCAGCCUGGCCGAAGGAUGGAUGAGCGACAACGGCCGAAGAAGCUCCCAUGUGGACACAUCUUGCAUUUUGGCUGUCUUCGUAGUUGGCUGGAGAGACAACAAGUGUGUCCCACGUGCCGAAGACCAGUACUCGCAUCGGCGACGACACAGAACACACAGCGCAACAACCAGGCCAACCCCGGAGAGCAAAACCAGCAGAACCGAGAGGCGCUGCGAGCAAUGUUUGGAGGAAAUGCACAGCAAGGUGCUGUUGGAGGGCAACAAGGCCAGGGCCAACAGGCAGCACCGCAAGGUGCACAGGCGAAUCCCCCAGCCGGCAACAUGCGCGUUUUCAACUUCGGACCCUUUAGAGUCGCUCUCGGGAAUAUUCGGGUACCACCCGGCCAACAGGAUAACGUUGCUGUGCAGAAUGCGAUUCAGCGACUGCGUCAACAGGCCGCCGCGAACAACGUGGCGCAAAAUCAAGACCAACAAAACCAAGCACAGGGCCACAUAGCGGCCACACAAGGCGUUGCUCCCAGCUUUCCUACUGGACCCAUGCCCGGAGCUGUCGCACUUCACCCGUCAGAUAUUCAGUCGGACAUACUGCGUAUACAACAGAACAUCAUUGAAUCGAUGCGAAGUUUGAACGUACAACAUGAGCAACUCGAGGUUCUCCACAGACUUCUUGCUGAGCUCAACCGACUUCAACAGGCUUCUGGCGUAACAGCCGCAACAGGGCAAGAGCUACCACCUAUUGCCUCGUUGAAUGCAUCCAGUACGAAUUCGUUUACUCCACAAGCCUAUCUCUCUAGAGGUUCCGUCUUGCGUCAGGGUGAUCCUGGUGUACCCGAAGGGCUAACGCUACCGGAAGGGUGGACAUUGAGGCCGAUGGCACUAGCGCCACGGACUGGCCAAGAAACCGCGACACGUCCGUCCUCGCAACCUGGACAUCUGGCGCAAGAAGGCAGCUCGGCGCAACCUCAAUCGCAACCAUCGCAGCCAGUAGUGGGAUCUGAAGCAGGGCCUUCAACGUCUGCUACUGUGACUCCUCAAAGCCAGCCAACCCCAUCAGCGCCGAACGCGACUGUUUCUGAUCAGUCCUCGACUUCGUCCCCAAAGCCUGCCGAUCCCAGUAGUCUUGAGAGUAGUCUUGAGUCUAGCUGGAGUUUUGGCAACGUAGGGGAAAGGACUGAGACUGAGGGUUCAAGCUCUGCGGUUGCUGACAAUAAUUCGGACAGUCAGGGUGCGACGAGGCGGACGGUCACCAUGGAAGAUGUUGAAGACAGUGAGCAGUAG